AUGGCCUCCAACUCCACUGACAGCCGCGCCACUCCACAAGGCGGCAUUCUCGAGGGCGGGAAUCCAUCUCACUAUGAUCCCAAGAACCCCAUUGUGGCCUCUAUCAUUAUUAUCUUCUGUCGCCUUCUGCACUGGCCUCUCUCCAAAAUCCGUCAGCCCCGAGUCAUCGCGGAAGUCAUUGCCGGUGUUUUGCUGGGUCCGUCCGUGUUUGGCCGCAUUCCAGGCUUCACGGAGGCCAUCUUCCCGUCGCAGUCUAUUCCAAAUUUGAACCUGGUCGCCAAUCUGGGCCUGAUCCUCUUCCUCUUCUUGGUAGGUUUGGAGACAGAUUUGCGAUUUUUGGUCAGUAAUUGGCGCGUGGCGGCCAGUGUGUCCGCCGCGGGGAUGAUCCUACCCUUUGGACUGGGCUCCGCCAUUUCAUAUGGCCUAUACAACACCUUUCGCGACGAACCCGGUACGGUUCCGAUCAACUUCGGUACCUACCUGCUGUUCAUCGGUAUUGCAAUGGCGAUCACGGCCUUCCCCGUGCUGUGCCGUAUCCUCACGGAGUUGAAGUUACUCGGGACCAACGUCGGGGUAAUCGUCCUAUCAGCCGGUGUCGGUAACGAUGUUGUCGGCUGGAUUCUCCUGGCCCUUUGUGUUGCACUAGUCAAUGCCGGUACCGGGUUAAACGCCCUCUGGGUACUUCUGGUUUGCAUUGGAUAUGUACUGUUUCUGUCGUUCGUGUUCCGGCCUCUGUUCUUGCGAUUCCUCAAUCACACCGGCGCUUUGCAGAAGGGUCCCAGUCAGUCCGUCGUCGCUAUUACGCUUCUCAUUGCUCUCGCCUCAUCGUUUUUUACGCAGGUUAUUGGAGUUCAUGCCAUUUUUGGCGGAUUCUUGAUUGGUUUACUUUGCCCUCACGAAGGCGGGUUUGCCAUCAAGUUGACCGAGAAAAUAGAAGACCUGGUGGCCGCUCUUUUUCUGCCGCUAUACUUCACCCUGUCCGGCUUGCAGACCAAUCUGGGCUUACUUGAUACCGGUGUGACGUGGGCCUAUGUUAUCGGGAUCAUUGCGAUUGCCUUAAUUGCGAAGGUUAUCGGUGGCGCAGGUGCAUCUAGGAUGUGUGGACUCUUGUGGCGUGAGAGCUUUUCCAUCGGCGUCUUGAUGAGUUGUAAGGGCUUGGUAGAGCUGAUUGUCUUGAAUAUCGGGUUGCAAGCAAACAUUCUCAGCACCCGCACGUUUACCAUGUUCGUGGUCAUGGCAUUGGUUACAACCUUUGUGACUACUCCGGUGACUACUUUGCUGUACCCGAAGUGGUACCAAGAUAAAGUAGUUCGCUGGCGCCGCGGAGAGAUUGAUUGGGAGGGCAACCCUAUCCAGUCUGAUAGUCGCGUCGACAGUGUGGCGAUUGCUAAAGACGAGCUUCGGUCGAACGCCGUUCGGAAGCUUCUUGUGUAUCUACGACUAGACGGUUUAUCUAGUAUUUGCACUUUGGCUGCGAUUCUUGGACCUAGCACCGUUUCUCAGCCUUUAGCGCCCCAGAUCCAUCCGGACAAAAGGCGAACCAUGACCGCCUCCCCGGAAGCCGCGGCAGAGGAGUCUGCGGCAACGGAAAUUGAGGAGUCGCAUGUCCUGCAGGUGCAUGGAGUACGCUUGAUGGAACUCACCGAUCGAGACUCCAGUGUCAUGAAGGUGUCGGAGAUCGACGAGUAUAGCCUGUCGGAUCCGGUAGUCAACACGUUUCGAGCAUUCGGCCAAUGGCACGAUCUUUCAAUUAUGGCCGGGGUGUCCGUUGUUCCUGAGUAUUCUUUCGCCGACACCAUCGUGGGUAUGGCUCGCCAGGAGUCCAGUGAUCUUCUUUUACUUCCAUGGAGUGAAACUGGGACUGUCAGCGAACAUCAAAGUGGGCUAGGCAUCGACGAGGCUAGCCGAUUCGCCAACGGCCCAUACACGGAUUUUGUCUCCAACGUGCUGGAUCAAACCUCCUGUAGCGUUGGGGUUCUCGUCGAACGCAGUUCUUACGCGCCUGCGCCGCGCCGGCCCCUUGUGCCCAAGCAGUCUCUCAGCGCCCUCAGCGCUCGUGGCUCGUUAUUGAGUAGGGCCCCUGCCGCGGCACGUUCUCACCACAUUGUGCUGCCCUUCUUCGGUGGCGAUGACGACCGCUUUGCUCUGCGUUUCGUUCUUCAGCUGGCCCAGAAUGACCAGGUGACCGCGACUAUAAUUCAAAUCGACGUAGCCGCGUUCCCACGGUCUGGGCCUGGCGACAGCGACAGUCCGAGCGAAACGGGGAGGGGGAAAUCCGCAACACAUGCCACGGCGAGAGUCCAGGAAGUAGAAUACGACUCCAGUUUCUUUGUAGCCAUGCGUGACUCUCUGUCCGAGGACUUGAUGUCCCGGGUGGUCUUCAAGCGCAUCUCGCCGGCCAAGGAGCAAGCUGACGCGGUACAACUAGCAGUGACAACUGUUAAAGAAGAGAUGAGCCAGUCACCACGCAGGGCUGGCAACAUGACGGUGGUCGGACGGCGCAACAAUCGAGUCGACUCUGAUUCGGGAUUCAGCUCCACUCAGGAAGAAGUCGGGGUGGACGCGAGUCGAGCCCUAGGAGCGGUCGGGCAGGCUCUGGUACGCACGGAGAACCGUUUGGCUGGUAAUCUGUUGGUUCUACGAGGACGACUGUAG